AUGAAUACACUAAGAACAUUAUUAUAUCUUAGAUCUUUUAGAGUAAUUCACCGCAGUAGCUAUGCAACCACAAAGAAGAAAAUUCAUGAUGAUUCGGAAGAGGAUUUACCCAUAUUCCAGUACCCCUUGAGCAAAUCGUCAGACAAGCGCGUUUACGUUUGGGGAUUAGCAGAGACAGGCGCCCUAGGAAUUCAUUUGCCUAGAAGCAAACGAGGAAAGAAAUCUUACAAGAAUGCGUUCUCUCUAGCAUGGCAUCCCAUUAGAUCCAGUUUUGGGGAGAGAUUUGAUGUCACUGAAAUAGCUUGUGGUUAUGGUUUCACAGUGGCAUCAAUUAAAACAAAUGAGCAACAUAAAGUAUUUGGCACUGGUAUUAAUACUGACUCUCAGAUUGGCUAUCAUGCUCCACGUAUCGGGCACCCCUUAGAAAUGCUCUUGAGUCCUGCACCUAUUUAUAUACCUUAUAAAUCUUUGGAAAGUAAAAUCAUAGGUCUGUCAGCAGGGCGGGCUCACACAGCUGUAUUAACAGAUACUGAAGGUGUUUAUACAUUAGGCAACAAUGCUUAUGGCCAAUGUGGUAGAAAAAUUAACAAAAAUGAAGAAUACAAGGGAAGUAUGGUGGCACAUAGAAUUAGCACAUUGGGUAAAGAAGUUAUUAUCAAUGUUUGUUGUGGACAGGACCAUACGUUAUUUAUAACAGAAUCGGGAAAAGUCUAUGCUUGUGGCUGGGGUGCUGAUGGACAGACAGGCCUCGGAAAUUAUGAGAAUCAGAGUGUACCAGCCCCUGUCAAAGGUGAUAUAACUAGUGAGAAAAUUGUGAAGGUUGCAUCCACAGUGGAUUGUGUUUUAGCUUUAAAUGAUAAAGGUGAACUUUUUGGAUGGGGCAACUCAGAAUAUGGUCAAGUGCCGAUGACCACUAAUCAACAACAGGUUAAUAUGUCCUAUGCUCUUGUAAACUUCACUAAAGGCAUCGGAAAAAUAAAAGACAUAGCUGCUGGAGGUUCUUUUUGUUUGAUUGUCAAUGAACAGGGUGAUGUAUUUGUUUGGGGUUAUGGAUUACUGGGCUUAGGCCCUAAUGUCCAGCAUGCAGCCAAACCGAAAUUGAUACCUGCACCACUUUUCGGUCGCAAUGAGUUCAAUCCAGAAUGUGUUGUGGACAAAGUGGCAUGUGGAAUUGGUCACUUAGCUGCAAUUACAAAUAAUGGAGAUCUUUACAUGUGGGGCCGGAACAGGCAUGGAUGCCUUGGCUUAGGUCAUUCUAAGGACCAGAAUUUCCCUCUAAGAGUAGCUGUAGGUGCUCAUGUAUUGAAAGUUGUAUGUGGUGUGGAUCAUACAAUAGUUCUGAGUAAACCAUUUAUUUAG